AGCGACGCCGCCUCGCUGCCGCUUUCUCUCCCUAGCGGGGUAGGCAGGCCAGGCUAGGCCGCGGCUCUCCAAGCGGGCAGCGCCAGGCCCCGGCCGGCAACAUGUCCGUCUCUCCUUCCCCGUUGGCUUCCUCACAGGCGCCUCCGCCUCCUCCCCGCCCGCGGUGCGGCCUGUCCCCUCCCUCCUGAGGGAGCAGCCGGCGGCUCCGAGCGGGGAAAGGGGAGGGUCCAGAGCACUCGACGGGCGCACCGAGCCGGGCCACCGAGCGAACCUGGCGGCGGCGACCACAACCCACCCGCCGCCCGGGCAGCGGCAUGUCUGAGGCUGGCGCGGCCGGGGCGGGGGCGACUGCAGCGGCCGCAGCAGGAGGAAGCGGCGGCGGCGGCGGAGGGGGGACCGGCGGCGGCGCUGGAGCGGUGCAGCAGGGCUCCUCGGCCGCCGGAGGGCUGGCCGCUUGCGGACCCGCCCGAGCGGUGAUUGCCGCGGCCGCCACUGCCGAGAGCCCCGUGGCUGCGGCGGGCGGCGGCGGAGGCCCCGGCUCGUCUCGCAUCGCGGGCAAGAAGGCGCAGCUCCGCUCCGCGCCCCGCGCCAAGAAGCUCGAGAAGCUGGGCGUCUACUCCGCCUGCAAGGCUGAAGAAUCUUGUAAAUGUAAUGGCUGGAAAAACCCUAACCCACCUCCUACUCCACCCAGGGCAGACCUCCAACAGGCGGUUGUGUGUCUUACUGAACCAUGCCGUAGCUGUAAUCAUGCACUUGCUGCUCAUGUUUCCCAUCUGGAGAAUGUCUCUGAAGAAGAAAUGAACAGGCUGUUGGGGAUUGUGCUGGAUGUGGAAUAUCUUUUCACCUGUGUCCAUAAAGAAGAAGAUGCGGACACUAAACAAGUCUAUUUCUACUUGUUCAAGCUUUUGAGGAAGUGCAUAUUACACAUGGGGAAACCUGUCGUGGAAGGAUCUUUGGAAAGUCCCCCAUUUGAAAAGCCUAGUGUUGAACAGGGAGUUAAUAAUUUUGUGCAAUACAAAUUUAGUCACUUACCAUCAAAAGAGAGACAAACAAUUGAGGAACUGGCUAAAAUGUUUCUAAAUCGUAUCAACUAUUGGCAUCUGGAGACUCCUUCCCAACGAAGGCAGAGAUCAUCUAAUGACGACAUUGCUGGCUAUAAAGUUAAUUAUACAAGAUGGCUGUGUUACUGCAAUGUACCCCAGUUUUGUGAUAGUCUACCUCGAUAUGAAACCACACAAGUUUUUGGAAGAACACUGCUGCGCUCUGUCUUUACCGUCAUGAGACGACAACUUCUAGAACACGCUCGGCAGGAAAAAGACAAGCUUCCUCCUGAGAAACGGACACUAAUCCUCACACAUUUUCCAAAAUUCCUAUCCAUGUUGGAGGAAGAAGUGUAUAGUCAAAGUUCUCCCAUCUGGGAUCCUGAUUUCAUGGCAUCCUCUUCUCGAACUACCCAGCUAGGCAUCCAGACAGUUAUUAGCCACCCUACAGUCGUAAGGUCUUUUUCAUGCAGCACAAGCCCCUCAUCUCUCGAGCAGCCCAGUGGUGGGAGUUUGAGUCCUGCGUGCAAGGCUGCUUCCGGCCUGGACCCAAACCUGGGAGAGAAAAGAAAAACUAAUGAGCCUUAUUCUGAGGAGGAUGCUAAGAAGCCAAGAGUUGUAGGAGAUAUUCCUAUUGAACUAAUCAAUGAAGUGAUGUCAACAAUUACCGAUCCAGCCACAAUGCUUGGCCCAGAGCAGACUAAUUUUCUGUCAGCGCAUUCGGCCCGGGAUGAAGCAGCAAGGCUGGAAGAGCGCAGGGGAGUGAUUGAAUUUCAUGUCGUUGGAAAUUCCCUAAACCAAAAGCCGAACAAAAAAAUUAUGAUGUGGCUGGUUGGCUUACAGAACGUGUUCUCGCAUCAGCUGCCCAGAAUGCCAAAAGAGUACAUUACUCGUUUAGUCUUUGACCCGAAACACAAGACUCUUUCCUUAAUCAAAGACGGCCGUGUGAUUGGUGGUAUCUGUUUUCGGAUGUUCCCAUCUCAAGGAUUUACAGAAAUAGUUUUCUGCGCUGUGACUUCAAAUGAACAAGUCAAGGGUUACGGAACCCAUCUAAUGAAUCAUCUGAAAGAAUAUCAUAUUAAGCAUAAUAUUCUCAACUUCCUUACUUAUGCUGAUGAAUAUGCAAUUGGUUACUUCAAGAAACAAGGUUUUUCAAAAGACAUUAAAGUACCCAAAGCAAAAUAUGUUGGCUACAUCAAGGAUUAUGAAGGAGCAACUUUAAUGGGAUGUGAAUUAAAUCCAAAGAUUCCAUACACUGAAUUUUCAGUUAUCAUUAAGAAACAAAAAGAGAUCAUUAAGAAAUUGAUUGAAAGGAAGCAAGCUCAGAUUCGGAAAGUUUAUCCUGGUCUUUCUUGCUUCAAAGAUGGAGUGCGACAGAUCCCCAUAGAAAGCAUUCCUGGAAUUAGAGAGACCGGCUGGAAACCAAGUAACAAAGAGAAAGGUAAAGAACCCAAAGAUCCAGAUCAGCUGUACAGCACACUAAAAAACAUUCUACAACAGGUAAAGAGCCAUCAAAGCGCUUGGCCUUUCAUGGAACCUGUGAAGAGAACAGAAGCUCCUGGAUAUUAUGAAGUUAUAAGGUUCCCCAUGGAUCUGAAAACUAUGAGCGAACGACUGAAAAACCGGUACUAUGUAUCGAAGAAAUUAUUCAUGGCAGAUCUGCAGCGAGUGUUUACUAACUGCAGAGAAUACAACCCUCCUGAGAGUGAAUACUUCAAGUGUGCCAAUAUACUAGAGAAAUUUUUCUACACUAAAAUUAAAGAAGCUGGGUUAAUUGAUAAGUGAUGUUGUUUGUUUCUAACACAAAUUAAUAUGCCUACAAGAACAGAAUAUGCAGUAAUCUUUCAUUAGAAUUGGAAUUUGUGUUAAAAUUUGUUUUAUUAACUAGCACUUUAAAAAAUGUAAUAUAGAGAGUUUAUUUUAUUAAAGUACUUUUCAAAUGUACACCUGCAUGCCCUUUUGCAGUGUAUUUAAUAAUACAUUUUUAUUAGAUGUAUUGCACAAAACUGUUUGGAGAUUUGGAAAGGGACAAUUUUCCAGCAGUGAAUGUUUUAAGCUUAAUGUAAUGCAGUAUCAACGUGUAAAAAGCUUUUUAUUUUUUACAGCAGAGAUGCUAAUGAAGGGGAAAAUAAAUUUUAUAUAUAUAUAUAUUUUAAUGAAACACUAAACUACAAGAAGGUGCUAUGAGAAUAUUAGAAAGAACUGCUCUAAACUAUAAUGAGGAAAAUUCCCUAAUAGGUGCAAUUUUUUUCUUGAUUUCAUUCUUUGUAUUUGCAACCACUAUGUCAAAGGAAAUCUUAGUAUGUUGUGUCAUGCUGACUUUGGUUAUAUAGGUCAUAAAUUCCGAAAAAGAUUUAAAACCUGUGAUAGCCAUAUACUAAAGCAUGUUUCAAAUGAAGAAUCAUCUUUUUUUUAUUAUUGUGUCCCAAGCUGGCAAUUACUUGCCUGUGUUAGGAAUUUUAUAUACAUGGAAAAAUCACUCUAAUCAUACAUUCCCACGGUAGCUGCUGCAGUCGGUGGGUGGGUGGAAGGGGCAGAUCCAAAGAUUUUCACACACAUCAGUCAGCAACUAGAUGUCAUGAGUAAGUUGGACAACAUUCACUCUAACCUAACUAGUGCAAUGUGAUUUUUAGUAUUCCUAUGCAGUGUAUGCCUUCCUAGUCUCUUUUUGCAAAUGAACAUGUUUCCAUUAUGCAAGCAGUUUCCCUUCACAAUUGUACUAGUUGGACAUACUUUUCCUAUGACAGGUGCCUGCACCCUAACCUCCCCCCCCCCCCAAAAAAAAACAACAACAACCAUAAGGGCUAAGAGCUCUGAUUGUGAGAUGCAGUACAGGGCUGCAGUCAGAAGGGAAACUGACGAGUGCACCCCCCUCAUCUCUUGCACAAAUAGCAAGAGCUUUUGUAUGGUAAGGGAGGAUUUCUGUUAUUCCCCUUUUACUGCAACCCAUGCUGGUAGGGAGAUGCAGUGCAGGGAGAAAGUACUCAAAUCCCUUCUGAAAAUUUCCAUAUUUGCAGUUCUGUAACGAUACACCUAUCCCUCAAAUUAGAGCCCUAUCUGACACUUUCAAAGUUCACUUGGUUUUCAUCAUAUUUUCUUUAAUUAAACUGGAUUUUCCACCUGCAUUUUAUAAUAAUAUUAUUAGCAUAUUAUGAAUUAUUGCAGCUGUAUUUUCACUAUUCCUUAUAUUAUAUAUAGGAGAUAACACUUCCAUUCAUGCCAAUGGAAUGUGAAGGAAAUAAUUCAUUAACUACUCUGUUCUAUUUCAUUGUGAGUGGGCAGUAGUGGUCUCACAAAUGCUGGGAGUAGAGGGUGAGGGUGGACGGCUUCUACGUUUAUAAUAUGCUGUUGGUGGACUCAAGAUUCAUGCUGUUUUUAGACGUGCUGAUAUUUCACUAGAAAAGUGGCAAGAUGCAUUUCAGUUAGAAUGACCUGUUUUUACACAAUGCCUGUGGGAGUAUCUAUCCUACGAAUAGAUGACCCUUGGUACAAAAGCUAGUAAAAAUAGUAACAUAGAAAUGCCUUAGCGCUUUAUAUAAAAUCAGUCAGAUUUCUUUGGCUUUGUAUUUAAGGUACAAUGAUGCAACCGUGUAUUAGAGUAUUUAAGUAGUAAUUUUCAAGUAUUUUGUAAACUGGGCCAAAAGAAUCACCUUAAGCUUGAUAUCCUGUGAAAGUGUUACUUUCCAAAAUUCUUACUGUCUUGACCUUAGAGUCUCUUCUAUAUUCAGAACAUUGUUUUCUAAUUUAAAGAUUAUUUUCAUAGAUAUUGUGCAAUAAAGCUAUAUAGUAUGAUGUGUUUUAAAAACGCUUUAA